UUUAGGACUUCCUAACUUGAAUCUUCACAGGUCAGGCCCUGAUCUGCCAGUAAGCAGCCCACCCAUAGCCAUUAUACCCUGCAAUCCCUGCAGGACCUCAGCUGGAAUCCCUAGUGGCCGAGGAAGGGUUAAUAGUUCUAUCCUCAGCUUUGGAAGGCGUGGAACAGCUGCUGGCUGAAAACCUGGUUCACUGACCCUGCUGCUGCAGCCUUGGCUGUGCCUAUAGGAAUUGUCUCUCUCUCUCUCUCUCUGCUCAUCAUAGCAACAAGUGAGAGGCGGCCAGCCUGGGAGGUGACACAGGGGGGGCCUGGUUCUGCUCCUGUUGCAUGCUGUGUUUGGGUGAGUUCCACGCAGAUACCUAGCUGUCACAUUGUAUCCACCCGCUAUUGGUGCCUAUAGACAGCAGGGGGAGGCGCACUGCAACAAGGAAGCUGUGUUUGGGGAGGAAAGACAAGUUCAAUGCUUUAUUAACCCAUUAACGGCAAGAUUUUUCCAUAGUGGGUUUCCGCAAUGGCGGUUACUGUGGUAUACGAUAAAUCUGAAACCAUGGAAUUAAAUGCCACUCAUCGUCUUUACCUGAAGCCAAGGGCAAGAUUGGUGAUCACGGUGACCCUUCCGGAGGAAAAAGACCCCUGCCGACCAAUAUCAAACUGGGAAGUUGUAGAGCAGCUCAAGAAUCUGAUAGAACCGGACCAUUUUAGUUAUAUUAAGGUUACAAAAAGCACCAAAGGGUUCAUUCGAUUUGAAAGUGAAGUUGACACUAAACGUUUGGCUCAGGUGUUCAUAGAGAAACUAAAUGGACAGAAAGUACAAAUAAGCAGCUUUGAUGAGCCUCUGUGUGUCGAGAUUUCUGAACUACUCAAUGACUUUCCAGCAGCCCAUGGGUUACAAAACCUACUAAGAGAAAGCAAUAAAGAAGAGGAGGAGAUCACGGAGGACGAAAGUCCACCACCAUGUAUCCACGUGGGAGGCUUACCCAGUAAAUGGUUUUCUAUGUGGGGCUCAACUGUUGAAAAACCAAGUGAAGAUAUUGUAAAAGGUGUUUUUGAAAAAUAUGGACCUCUUGCACAUAUAGAUAUACCCAUGCUGGAUCCAUACCGAGAAGAGGCGGUUGGGAUCUUUAAUCAUUCGAAUCCAGGUGGUCUCCAGACCUUUGAUGCUUUUAUCCAGUAUGAAGAUAAAGUAAGCUGUAUAGACGCCAUGCAGUCUCUUGAAGGAAUGAAGCUUAUGUUUGCAGGAGAGGAUGGGAAAUCUCUUUCAUGUGAUAUAAAGGUGACUCUGGAUGAUACUGACCACUUUAGUGAAGAGGCAAUAAACAGGAGAAAUGCUGAACGAGUUAAACUGCAAGAGCUAGAACAGCAGAGAAAACAGGAAAAGCAAGACGACGAAGUGAAGAGAAAAAGAAAAGCCUUAGAACAAAAAUAUAGAGCCAGGAGAAGACGCACAAAGUUGAAACGAAAACUUCAGAAACAUAAAAGCUAUAAAGAAUGCACUGUAGAAAACAAUAACAUUUCCACUGACGUGGUGGAAGACACGCAAGAAUGGGAGGAUCGGAAAAUGCUCCUAGCUCAAAGACGUGUUGAAUCAAUCAAGCUUCUCUCGUUACUAUUGGACAAAGUCACUGACCUGGUACCAUUCAGGAGACUCAAUGAAGAGCCCAUGGAUUGUGAUGUUACAGAAGAAUGCAGUGAAUACUCUAUGCCUUCUUGUUCCAUUAAAACCAAAACUCUAUCUCCAACAGAGGAGAGUAGUACCCAACAUGAGUCAGAGACUGAAGAAGAGAUGGAACGUAGUAUGUCCAAGUCCUACUUGCAUAGAUUAUAUAAACCUCAGAUAAAACGGAAAAAAAAAUUGCUCUCUCUUAAAAAUAACUGGAAUUGUGACAUCGACUAUUGCACUACUCAAGAACAGUUGGAAGGUGGUGAAGGAGAAUGUUUUGACCACCAACUGUCCAAGAUUCCCUGCACUGUUUUGAAUGAAAGCUGCUACAAAAGACUAAAAGUUUAUGAAACAGAUGAAUUUAUUAAUUACUUGUUAAAUUAUUACCACUGCCCAGAGUAUGCAAGGUUGUUCCUGGAAACAGGUGACAGUGAAAAUAAGUCUUGCUGCCAGCGAGUCGUUCUUUGCAAUGGGGAUAGCUUUAAAAUUAAACUCAAGAACACAAAUGGUCAUUUUGCAGAGAUGGAAAAUUUGUCAGAGACCGACUCACCAACAGAAACCCUUGAUACAUGGAAGAAAACUAUUCCAAAAUCAGAAAAACAUUUACAAGAGACAUCUAACCAUCACACAUUCUCCAACAAAUUCCAGGAGAAUUUGAUGGAAAGUGAAAACGAGCAACCAUUGUUGACUUCAAGAACUUGCCGGAAAAAGAACUGUGAGAAAGAUGAUCCAGGAACUUGGAAGGAUGGUGAGGAUACUGAAAGCUCUGGAUCAGUUCAUGAACUUAAAGACGUACUAGAGGAAAUAAGCAGUACCUCUGAAUACUUCAGCGAGGAACUAAGUGAUGGAAAAGAAAGGCCAGUUAAUAAUCGUAAAAUUCCAAGGAAACCGAGAAAUGUUGCGCGUGUGAAAAAAGUAAAACCCUGCUGCUUUUCUGAUCAUGAUAGGAUGUGCUGCCACAAAGAUAUACUGGGACACUUUCUACAGUCUUACUCCGUACGCAAGGGUCUCAAAAAGCAUUCACGAUGUAAACGGGCACGGCUAUGCCGAAAACACUUCCAUCCUGUAUAUGAUACAGAGACAACCGAGUCUGAUACAGAGGUAGACACCGAAGAUGGAUUAUUACGGAAACGAAAGAAGUUAAAGAAAAAGAUGCACAAACACCGCUUGAUGGAAGAUGAAAGUCGCCGUAAAGAUAGCUCAGUGACCGAAACUAGCUUGAGUGAUUCGUGGGGGGAUCAACACAAUGAGAGAGUUAAACAUAUACCCAAGAGAGUGAGCCAUAAUGCAGCCCAUCACCGAAAAUCAAAGCGGCAGCCUGAUCAGUGGGGAUACUACUGUCAAGGAGAUGUUUUGUCAUCUUCUGGGGAAGAUGAAGCCUCUUCCCGUGGGCAAGAGGAGUCAUCUUCUGAGCAAGGUGAAUCCUCAUUGGAUUAUAAAAAACCUCAGAGGAGGUACAUUCCCAGACCUACUCAACAAACGAGAAAAGUUGCCCAACAUGGCAUACGUGGUAAAGGCACGUUUAAUGAUUAUUUGGAUUGGGAACAACAUUUUUAUUGGGGAUAGAUUUGUUGAACAUGUGAAGUGGAAAUCUUUUAGAUGUAUUAUAUGGUACAGAGAGAGUAUGAGCGUAAGGAUUUUGUUAAAACCGUUUUGUUAUGAACUCCUGUUAAGUGCCUUUCUGUGAAGCAUAUUUGCAGUAAAAUUUGUUACCGAGUAAAUAGUAUGCUUUACCACCAAAAAUGUUUUGUGUUUGUGUUUUAUGUUUACAGUAAUACUGAUUUUAGAAUAUGUAUGUUGUAUGCGUUUUGUAGGUGAGAAGUAAGGGGUUAGUUUAAUCAACUCUGGAAAAAAUAUGUGAACAGAAAUUUGAAGGGCAAUAUUUUGG